AUGCCUAGAGGCGGCGGCGGCGGGCGGAGAGGCGGCGACUCCUCAGCUGAGCCCGAAGCUAUCCAUGAGCUUGGAGUUCGAGGCCGGAAAACAGGCGCCUUCUUGAAGGACACUGGCGAGCGCGAUGAGCAUGGUAUGCAGCCUCUGGACGCCAUUUUCUCGUCGCCGGGCGAUGCCGAGACCCGGAACGAGUCUGGGAGCGAGGAUAUGGAGAUAUCAUCAAGUGCUGGACCAGGGCCGCGAACAGUCCUUAAGAACCGACACAGCUUCCAAAAUGCGACAUCAUCUUCCCCGACGCGCAACCCUAGCGCUGAGAAAGCAGCUCGAAGGCUCGACUUUUCAGGGAAAGCAGGAAACAAAGCGGCCGCCAAGACGAAUGGAAAGCCCAAGGCGGCUGCGGUCAAUGGCGUUUCACGGCGACUAGAAGAUUCAGAGUCGGAAGAGUUGGACGACGUCAUGGGCGUGAGCGAAAACGACGCGGCGGUGGACGAUGUGGCUGAGGAGUCCAUGAUGAUGGUUGAUUCAGCACAGCUAUCACCACAGAAGAAGCGCGGUAAGCAAGCCAAGGAAGCUCCGCCAUCGAAGCCCAAAGCGCCUAAAGUUGCCACGCGAGCUCCGGCGAGGCUACCUUCAGAGGAAUCAGAACCUGAACAGCAAGAAGAGGAGCCCGAAGAAGAGGAGCUAGAGCAGGACGAGCCCCAAGAGGAGCCACCUAGUACCAAACAAAAGGGCCGGCCAGCAAAACAAGAUCAGAAAUCGUCCUCUCAGUCAUCGAAGAAGCGAGGACCGCCACGAAAGUCCCCGCGCGAAGAUACCCCCGAAGAAUCACGAGAGCCAUCUGAAGAGGAGGAAGAGGAAGAAGAAGAAGAGGAUGCGGCACCGCGAAAGAAGCAGCGCACAACAGCCGCCAAAGCCGGCUCAUCAAAGUCAAAACCUUCAACUAAAGGCAAAGACGCUGCUCCUGCUCGAGGGAAUAUCGUUGUACCAAUAUCAAAAGGGCCAAAGGGCAAGCCCAAAGCCGAGCCCAAGACCAAAGGCCGCCCUGGACGAAAGCCCAAGAAUGCCGGCUCAGGUGGAGACGAAGAUGGAGACGUUGGGGAAACUUCCUUUGCGGCGCUGCAGCGCGGGCCGCCUAUGCCCAAGUCUCGAGGCCUGGUAUCUUUGCGCAAGGAUCUGGACGACACAAUGACGCAGACAAGAUCCGGACGACACUCUUACCGGCCGGUUCAGUACUGGAGGGGCGAACAGGUGGUCCGAGAAGAUGAGGAGCAGGCGGACAUGUUUGCCAAGGACCGUUUCGUUUUACCGAGCAUCAAGGAGAUUGUUCGUGUGCCUGAAGAAGAGGUCCGCAGUAGGACCACUACAUCAAAGAGCAAAGGACGGCCCAAACCGAAAAAGCCCGUGGUGGAAGAAGAAUAUGAAGAAUGGGAGGUCAGCCCCGGCACCGUGGAGGGCGAGAUUGUAAUAUGGGAAACCGAACAUGAGGAGCACCCUCCCGCAGACGACGAGCCUGUCCAAGUAACGGACGAGCGCAUCGCCAUCUCAGCCAAAGCGGUGCAGACGUCAGAGAUUCGUGAUGCGACGUUCCGAUUCGCAAAGACGUUGACGAUGCCGUUUAUGGGUGCUGGCGUGGUCGAUCUGCCUCCAGGGGGCGAGAAGCGGCCCAAGAACUCGAGGAAAAUGCACAUGGUCUUUUUUGUGCAUACCGGAAAGGUCAUGGUGACGAUCAACGAGGCGCAGUUUCGCAUAUCGGCAGGCGGUAUGUGGUUUGUGCCAAGAGUCGAGUGUUCUUUUGCCAAGCCUGUGAAAUAUCACCUUCACAGUUUGAAGCUUCGCAGAUGA